CAGGCCGUACUUUGUUGCUCACGAAGAGACACGAAGAAUUGGAAGGGCUCUGCCCUUCCUCAGCUCCUUCAUCCUCGACGUCCCCCAUCAAGCCUAUGUCCUCAACACAAAUGGUCGGCGCGAGCCGUAUCUCCUCUCCCCGAGGGCGAGUAACAAUUAUAUCCCGUCGGUUGCUCUCACCGUCACCCUCUUCGUCCUCGCCGUCGCUCAUACUCAUGAAGUUACUCAUUCAGCGUCCAUCUCCACGCCCAUGGCCCCGCACUCCCAAUUUUCCCCUACCUUCUAGACAAGCUAACGCAUCCAUUCUACUCCGCGUUCUGGCUGAUGAGAUGGUACUUUCUGAGUGCGCAGGUGAAGACGCGCGAUGCUGGUGAUGAAGCUUAUGUGUGUCCGCUCCACUGUCUGAGAACGCCGGUGAACGAGGAGAGAAAGGUGGUGGUGAGAGCAACGAUGAAUCGUACUCGACAAGAGGGACUGAGUGGGACACGCGGCGAUGUGAAGAUCGGGGCGGAUGAGGUGCUGAGACGAGUACGUUCAGGGGUGACGUAUACGAGGAUGCAGAGGGUGCAAGCGAAAAAUACGGAUGCGAUGGUUGCACCAGUCAAGAAUGUGAAGGGCUCGGAGGUGCUGUCCUCGUUCCCUUCUGCAUCGGCAAGGAGGAAGGCGGCUACGACUCUGCAUUCGGAGGGUUGUUGGGUAGUAAAGUCAUACCUACCGAUGAGGACACUGCCGGAGGGUCUGGGAGUGACAUCAAUGCCACCGGCUUCGGAGAGGGUAUAUUUCGCAAUGACUCUCGCGAAGGUCGCCAGGACACGAUCGACACAGCAAGCUUAGGAGGGAGAGGAGGAACAUAUUUAGGGGUGAAUGCGAUAUGCCUCUCACGUCGGGAAUCGCUGUUCAGUUCUGAGGUACAAAAUGUCCAACUGGUCGAUCGCGACAACAUGGAAGUUUUCCGCUUGUGAGAGGAUAGUGUACCGGAUCUUAUUGACCCAG